AUGAGGGAGCGUGCAGCGGCGGUGCCAAGGCGCUACACAAAAAGCCUAUUGACGGGGGCCCCGGCGGCGCUCGGCGCAGCCCGCGGCAUCACAUGGCCCCCGAAGCGGCUAUUUAAAGCGGGCCGCGCGGCCCUUUCAGCACCACUGGCGCUGCUCAAGGCUUCCUUCCCGCCCUUCGGCUCCCAGUACUGCCCUUCGCCCCUGGCCGCCAGGCAGCCCCCCGGAGGCUCGGCUGCAGCCGCCAAUCACACGCCUGCCCUCUACCAGAGCGCCUACUCCCUGCCUGACCCCCGACACUUCCACUGCAUCUCCGUCGACAGCACGUCCGGCCAGUUGCCCAGCAGCAAGCGGAUGCGCACGGCCUUCACCAGUACCCAACUUUUGGAACUGGAGCGGGAGUUCGCCUCCAACAUGUAUCUGUCCCGGCUGAGGCGCAUCGAGAUCGCCACCUAUCUGAACCUCUCCGAGAAGCAGGUGAAGAUCUGGUUCCAGAACCGCCGCGUCAAACACAAGAAGGAAGGCAAGAGCGGCGGUGGGCUUGGCGGCUCCCACCGCGCCGGCGGCCCGAUCGCGACGCAUAGCUGCAAGUGUGCCUCCCUCUCCGCCGCCGCCGCCGCCGCCGCUGCUGCUGCCUCGAAGUGCUCCGAAGACGACGAAGACUCGCCCACCUCCCCUUCGUCCUCCAGCAAAGAUGAGAGAGACCUUGCCGUCACCCCCUAAGCAAAGGACCCGUCCCUACCGACGGCGCGCCUUGGCUCCAUGCGCCAAAAGGACGCACCAAGAUUCUCUCCAUGCUGGUAUAGCGGUGUAAACCAGAAGAGACUUUUGGACUGGACCCCUGAAACCCAGGGGGCUUGGCAGACUCUGUACAUAGGAUUUCCCCACCCCCGGAGCUGUCGGGAAAGGAGGAGUAUAAUAUUCCCCAUCAGAAUCAGCUCUCUUUCCCCCUCUCUGUUACAGAGCAGGUUGAAAUUGUGUACCUAGAAAAUGGAGAUAGCCAAUAGCGCCCUUUCUCUUUCCCUCUGGCUUUCUCUUUCAAAGAAGGGGUGGGAGAAAGGAGGGAAACUUGGCUCAUCUCUGUUUGUGUCUGGGGAUCCUUCCUCUUUACUUUCUCGGACCCUGCGCUGCUCCUUCUCUUUCUCCCGCUUUCCGGCUUAGAGCCUGUCCUGUACAGGGUCAUCUCAUCAGUUUUAGAGGUAGGGGAUUAAGGAGGAGACUCGUGGGUUGACAGUGGCUGGUUUAUCUUCGCGUCCCCCUGUCCAAACACCCUCUCUUUUUAAAAAAAGUGUCGUUUUGUUGACGUUUCUUCAGAUCCUAUAGCGGUGUGU